AUGGCGGCCUCCUGGACGAGAUUCUUCCUUAUUCUCCUUAUAAUUUUAACAGUUGGGAUGAUGAUCGGAGUUUUGCUUCAGUUGGCGUUUAUUAGAAGGUUGGAAGAGUCUUACGGAGCCAAAUCUUCUUUGUCCAGAGCUCAGAGUCUAAAUUCAGAUGUUUCCUAUUGGGGUGAUAAAGAAGCUGCUGCCCUGCGCCUCGGAUAUGUGAAACCUGAAGUAAUUAGCUGGUCACCUCGUAUCAUUGUAUUUCACAACUUUUUGAGUCCCGAGGAAUGUGAUUAUCUUAGAGCCAUUGCCAAACCUCGUCUACAUGUUUCUACUGUUGUGGAUACAAGAACCGGAAAGGGGAUGAAGAGUAAAGUUAGAACUAGCUCUGGCAUGUUUCUAACGGUUGAAGAGAGGAAAUAUCCAAUGAUUGAGGCAAUUGAGAAAAGAAUUUCUGUCUACUCUCAAGUACCAGUUGAAAACGGGGAGCGUAUUCAGGUGUUGAGGUAUGAAAAGGGUGAGCUCUACAGGCCGCACCACGACUACUUCUCUGACACGUUCAAUGUGAAGCACGGAGGUCAAAGAGUGGCAACCAUGCUCAUGUAUCUCAGUGACAAUGUUGAAGGGGGAGAAACAUACUUUCCGCAGGCUGGCACUGGAGAAUGCAGCUGUGGGGGCGAAAAGGUCCCAGGCCUCUGUGUAAAACCGGUCAAAGGAGAUGCUGUGCUUUUCUGGAGCAUGGGGCUCAAUGGACAAUCAGAUCCAAACAGCUUACAUGGCGGGUGUGCAGUACUCUCAGGAGAAAAAUGGUCAGUCACAAAAUGGAUGAGACAAGGCGUCACUUCAUAA